AUGAGGCUGGAUUUCGCAUACUGUUGUGAUUGCAAUCGACUGGUUAUGGAUAUGUGUGGAUUUUGGCCCAAGUACCGUUCAAAUUUUCUUCAGAAGUACUGGUUUCUGAUCUCCGCUAGUGUGAUUUUGAUGGCCAUAAUUAUGCCACGAUUCGCUGCAAUGUAUUUAUUGUGGAAUGAAAUGGAUGCAGUUGUUCAAUGCUUCUCAACGCAAAUAGCAUUUAUCACCAUGGUCUUCAAGCUAUUGGUCAUGCAUAAUCGCAACACAGCGUUAGUUGAUUUGCUGGCAACAAUGGAAGAAGAUUGCUUAAAAGAGCUGAGUACGAUACAAUAUACAGCCGUACUUAGAACAGCGAAGAUUGGCAGGAUUAUUUCUCUCUUUUUAAUUCUCAGCGGCCACUGCACUGCCAUCGCCGGUGUCAUCGCGAUGAAAUUGUAUCAUUUGGAUAGUCUUUACAUAAAAAAUCCUGAUUCUCGGCUAUCACUGGAUUUGUUGUUCGCUUCGUAUUUUCCAUUUAGUACAAAAGCUAUCAUUCCAUAUGUGCUUGUACUGUCACUUCAAUUUUUGGCGGCUGCAAUGACCAGUUUCUACUUCAUCUUCGAUGGUUUCGUUGUAAUGCUUAUUCUCCACAUUUGCGGACAACUCGAACUCAUCCAAAUUUCGUUGAGAAAUUUGAAAAAAUCGCCCACACUCACCGAAGGCAAAAACUUGCAAAUGACGCUUGGAAACAUUCUGAAGCAGCAUCAACGAGUCAUACGAUUUGUCAAUAAUAUUGAAGAAUCAUUCAGUUGGAUGUGGUUUCUUGAACUGGCCACUUGCAGCCUAACACUCUGCUUUCUGGGAUAUACAGUUCAAAAGCUUAUGGAGACAGACCAGACAAGUAUCUUCCAACUGAGUUUUCCAAUCUGCGCUGUGCUUAGUGUCCUAAUGAAGUUUUUCCUCAACUGUUGGGCUGGCGAAUACCUCAUAUCACAGAGUUCAGAAAUUGGAUAUGCAUUUUAUGAAACUGAAUGGUAUGAGCUAUCGCCGGCACAUGCUCGCUUGCUCAUGAUGUUUGGUCACAAGAAGACUCGGCCCAUUACCCUGACUACCGCGAAAUUUUCAAGUUUAUCCUUUCGGCUCUUUCUCCAGGUAAUAUAUAACAUAAUACGUAGUGAAGGCUUCACGUUAAGGCCGCUACAUUUUCUUUUUCAUGUCCAUAACCGUCACCCAAUGAUAUCGCCUCCACUUUUCCUUCCAUAUCUUCGAGACCCAUCAUCUCACGUUUGUGAUUCAACCCGGCUGACAGAACUUCCACCACCUCCAUCCACGUUCAGAAAUUGUCCUCUCAAAUGGCAAACCCAUUACUAUUGCAACAACGUAGGGAAGAAAUCGAUAAACAGCGCCCUGUCACUCAGUCUUCAAACCUACGCUCUUAAAGUGCUAUCAGAGAGUAACUCGAAAGGGCGAUUUUUUGUGCUGGAUUUGGCAUACUGUUGUGAUUGCAACCGACUGGUUAUGGAUACGUGUGGAUUUUGGCCCAAGUACCGUUCAAAUUUUCUUCAGAAGUACUGGUUUCUGAUCUCCGCUAGUGUGAUUUUGAUGGCCAUAAUUAUGCCACGAUUCGCUGCAAUGUAUUUAUUAUGGAAUGAAAUGGAUGCAGUUGUUCAAUGCUUCUCAACACAAAUAGUAUUUAUUACCAUGGUCUUCAAACUAUUGGUCAUGCAUAAUCGCAAUGCAGCGUUAGUUGAUUUGCUGGCAACAAUGGAGGAAGAUUGUUUAGAAGAGCUGAGUACGAUACAAUAUACAGCCGUACUUAGAACAGCGAAGAUUGGCAAGAUUAUUUCCCUCUUUUUAAUUCUCAGCGGCUUCUGCAAUGUCAUCGCCGGUGCCAUCGCGAUGAAAUUGUAUCAUUUGGAUAGUCUUUACAUAAAAAAUCCUGAUCCUCGGCUAUCAUUGGAUUUAUUCUUCGCAUCGUAUUUUCCAUUUAGUACAAAAGCUAUCAUUCCAUAUGUGCUUGUACUGUCACUCCAAUUUUUGGCGGCUGCAAUGACCAGUUUCUACUUCAUCUUCGAUGGUUUCGUUGUAAUGCUUAUUCUCCACAUUUGCGGACAACUCGAACUCAUCCAAAUUUCGUUGAGAAAUUUGAAAAAAUCUUCCACACUCACCGAAGGCAAAAACUUGCAAAUGACGCUUGGAAACAUUAUGAAGCAGCAUCAACGAGCCAUACGAUUUGUCCAUAAUAUUGAAGAAUCAUUCAGUUGGACGUGGUUUCUUGAACUGGCCACUUGCAGCCUAACUCUCUGCUUUCUGGGAUAUACAGUUCAAAAGCUUAUGGAGACAGACCAGACAAGUAUCUUCCAACUGAGUUUUCCAAUCUGCGCUGUGCUUAGUGUCCUAAUGAAGUUUUUCCUCAACUGUUGGGCUGGUGAAUAUCUCAUAUCACAGAGUUCGGAAAUUGGAUAUGCAUUCUAUGAAAGCAAAUGGUAUAAGCUAUCGCCAACAGACGCUCGCUUACUGAUGAUGUUUGGUCAUAAGAAGAUUCGGCCCAUCACACUCACAGCGGCGAAAUUUUCAAUUCUAUCCUUCGGUCUCUUUACUCAGGUAGCAUAUAUUACAAUGCUUCUAAUGUAUAUUGAAGGCUUCAGCCAGUUAUUUAUCGAUGCUGUUAGUAGUGACGGAUCAACCAGACCAAUAGCUGAAUUGAUGUCGCAUAAAAAAGUCCCUUGUACACAACCGUCAUCAACUAAAAUAACUUUCAAUUAUUCUCUCCUAUGGCUCUCAACAGCCAUUCCAGAUAACAAUAAAAUUGUUCAUAAAUUGCCCUCUCAAAUAACGAAUCCAUUACUAUUGCAACAAUGUAGGGAAGAAAUCGAUAAACAGCGGACUGUCGAUCAGUCGUCAAACAAACGCGCUCAAAUGAGGCUUGUUAUUCUAUCGAUCGACAACUCUGCCGAUGAGCUGUCAGUAUUUCUCGGGUCUCUGACGACUGAACAUCUAUGGCAAUCAGUGCAGAUAGAUGCUACGGUCCAAUGUUUUUCUACUCAUGUACCGCUUAUAAUCGGAAUGGUGAAACUGAUUAUUCUCUAUUUUCAACAACAAGUAUUGGGUGAGUUCUUGAACGACAUGGAAAUCGACUGGAAAAAUGUCAAGCCCAAGCUGCAUUACGACACUAUGACGAAGAUGGCAAACAUCGCUCGGAGAAUUUCGAUAAUUUCAGGAUCGAUGAUUUACAGUGCCAAUAGUUUCGGUGUGAUAGUUCAGAAAUUCUACAAUCUGGAGAGUUUCUAUCUGAAGAAUCCUGAUCCUCGGUUAACAACGAAUCUCUUCUGGAUUGUCUAUCUGCCCUUUGGUACAGAGACCAGCAUCAAUUUUUGGAUUGCCCUUCUGCUUCAAUUUUACACGUCCUUCGCAGGUUCUCUGUGCUACUUCGCUUUUGAAAGUCUCAUCGUGAUGAUGAUUUUUCAUUUGUGUGGACAAUUGGAUCUCGUUGCAUUGUCCUUAUCUCAAUUUGGUGGAGAUGGGGAAAUUCACCAGAUUCAAGAUAUACGAGUGAAGCUGAGAAGUAUAGUGAAGAGACAUGAGAAGCUUAUCCAAUCAGCUAGAAAUCUCGAGACUGCUUUCAAUUUUUCGCUCCUUCUUGUUACGGUUGGAUGUGUGCUAACAUUCUGCUUCCAGGGAUAUGCAGUAAUACGGCUACUGGCUGCCGGACAACUGAAUCUCUUCCAAAUUGGUUUUGCAGUCACUAUAACUUUCAGUGCAGUAGCUCAUUUCUACUUCUGCUGUUGGGCAGCUGAGUGUCUCAUAAGAACGAGCUCAGCAGUGGGUGACGCCCUUUAUUACAGUAGUUGGUACAAACUCCGUCAUUCAGCAGCUCGUUAUCUUCUCUUGAUUGGUUUCAAAAAAUUUCGACCAUUGGAAAUAACAAGUGGCAAAUUUGCACCUUUGUCACUUGAUCUCUUUCUAAAUGUAAUCAAAUUGUCGUUGAGCUACAUAUCUAUGCUGUUGGCGGUGCAGAGCAGAAGAACCUGUUAACAACUUAUGUAAUAGAGCUUUGAAUAAAUAAUAUAAUGAUAUAAUGUCCAUCAUCUGUUGUUAUCAUGUCCUUUCGAGAAUUGCCUGCAAUAUUGACCUAAAUUUGGAGGCAGUGAUCACGAUUAUCAAUUCUUUGUGAAAAGAUUA